AUGCUCAAACCGCAGGCUAACGCUUCUCGAGAACUUGUCUCAUUAGACGGUGUCUGGAACUUUGCAGUCUCCCAAUCAGUCGACAUUGACGAUGAAAGAGCUUGGGAACGGAACAUACCGCCAAAGCUCCAAGUUCCUGUUCCCGCCAGCUACAACGACAUUUUCGUUGACUCCAGUAUUCGCAAUCAUGUUGGCUGGGUCUACUAUCAAAGGCGCUUCACCAUCCCGCUUAGCUGGUCUCAACGUCCUUACUUUCUGCGCUUUGACGCUGCCACUCAUCGGGGGCGCGUGUACAUCGACGAUCAAUUCCCUGGCAAGCAAGUUCGACUUACCGUGGCGGUCAACAAUGAACUUGACUGGCAUACUAUUCCACCAGGAAGGAUAGAGACACUCAAGAAUGGCAAGCGAAAGCAACAUUAUCAGCAUGACUUUUUCAACUACGCAGGGCUUGCAAGAUCUGUAUGGUUGUUCACUUUGCCCAGUAUCUCUGUCAAGGACAUCACAGUUGUCACCAAAGUGGAGGGGUCUACUGGUAUCGUGGACUUCAACAUCGCUACCAGUAUCCCUCUCGACCACCACUCAGUCAAGGUGACACUCCUGGACGAGGAUGAAUGCCCCAUAGAAGCCAACUCUUUCAGAACUUCCUAUUACCCAUACACAGAAGAGGUCCUAGAUUAUGCAGAUCGUCACGGAAUCGUUGUCAUCAAUGAGACAGCUGCAGUUGGCCUCAACCUCACCAUUGUCGCUGGUCUCUUUAGGCACAAGCCGAUACCGACCUUCUCACCAGAAACGAUAAACGAUAAAACACGCACCGCACACGCUCAAGCUAUACGUAAGCUUGUUGCCCGCGAUAAGAAUCACCCAAGUGUUAUCAUAUAG